AUGAACUCGCUCAAUGCGUUGGGGAACAGACAUGUCAACGCCCUUCAGGCCGACCUGGCAAAAUUGGAGAGUGGUGAAAGUGGGCCUAGCGUGCAGGGUCAGGUAACAACCACCCUCGGCGCUUUAUCGAGAUUGAUAGACGACUAUGAUUCCCUGGCGAAGAAAGAGAUGGUCACUGCUGCACGAGAGAAAGCUUUUACAAGAGUAAGGAAAUUGAAGAACGAUUAUGCAGAGUUGAAAGCGAGAUUUGAGCGUGCAAAAAGUGAAGGAUUUGUAAAGGCCCGAAGCGAACUCCUCUCCAUAUCUACAUCCACAUCUACCACAUCCACCGCCGUCCCCUAUUCCCCCAAUCCCGCACAAGCAGUCCAACGUAGAACUUCUAAUCACCCCGGUCCACCAUCCCCAAUUCACGAAUCCCCUUUCUCUCAAAAUCCCCUAUAUCAACCUAAUCAUCCUAUCUCUUCAAGAGAAGAUUUCGCCCUUCGAGAACAUACCUUUUUACAAGAAUCGGAGAAUGCCAUUGAUGGAUUUAUCGCUCAAGGAAGAGCUGCUUUGGAGAAUAUAGUAGAACAGAGGGGAAUGUUGAAAGGUACAAGAAGGAGAUUGUUGGAUGCUGCGAACACGUUAGGAUUGAGCAGGGAGACUAUAAGUUGGGUGGAAAGGAGAGCGAAACAAGACGCCUGGAUAUUCGGCGUAGGAGCCAGCGUGACUUUGUUCAUGUUCUGGGUCAUAUGGCACUAUCUCGGAUGA